AUGUCCGAUCAAGAUCACGGAGCAAAAUCAAAAAGGACCAGUAAUACUGGUAAAACAGUUCUGAAGGAAGGAGGAGGUGAUACGACUUCGAAAGUUCGCGCUCUGGUGGUUACAAAACCACCCGUGCCCGUGGAUCUAAACACGAACAUGAUGCACAUUGUCUCUGCAACUGAGAACGGUGAUGCAGCAGCUCUAGCAGCAUUUAUAGAUAUCUUGCAGAAUGUCAAUAUUGCAAAGGUAUACGACUAUUUCCUCACAUUGGAUGAAGAGACAUUUCUCAUCUGGCCUUCACGAUGGGGUGUACCGAAAGUACUUUUCUUCCUGAAUCGAUAUUUCCCGUUCGUGGAUUUGAUUUUGUUAUUGUAUGAUAUAAGAGAAGUACAGUCGGAGUUUUCAUGUGGAACAGGAACAGUCGCGUUUGGAUUUGUUGUUGCACAGGUCAUAUUGACGAUGCGAACGUGGGCUAUCUGGGGUCGCCAGACAUGGAUCACGAUAUUACUGACGGUUCUUGUCUUGACUGCUCUAGUCGCUGAUAUAUUCGUCUUAACGCGAUAUCUUGGAGGUGUUUCCGAUGCUUCGCUGGGUCCCUUUCAAGCUGCGUAUACCGGCUGCCCACUGCAAUUUGCCAACAGAUUCGUGUUUGUCGAUUUUGCGAUUGUAAUGGUCACAGAAUCGGCUAUGCUAGUCCUGCUAAUUAUAAAAGCACUUGAACACUUCAAACACUCACGCAGCACUCUUAUGGUGCGAAUGUUCAAAGACGGUGUUAUUUAUUUUAUAUUUAUUUUAUGUACAUCCAUUGCGAACCUUGUUACUAUCCUUUCUGCUCCCGUUGAGCUGCACGAAUUUCUCAUCAUAACGCAGCGAAUUUUGCAUAGCAUCUUCUGCUCCCGUGUCCUGUUACACAUCCGAGGAGCGUACACCAACAAUGGCUUUGUAUCCACUACCACAGCAGACUCUCAGAUGCGGAGCAAUGCUUCCGGCGCGUACUACGCGUUUCGUCGACCAUUGUCUAGCGCUGGUAUCCGAGAUGGGAGAGGAGGAGAUGCGUUUGAGCUUGGGAGCGUCGGCGGUGUUUCGGUCAUGGCGAGUGAAGUCCAGAUGCGCGAAGGUGACGAUGCAUAUGGCUUAGGAAGCCGGAACACGGGGUGGGGCAUGGGAUACGGAUUUGAUGGAGUACCGACCUUGACUCCGCUGGACAAAAGAGAACCGGCGUGGGGAGAUGUCGCACAUCGGGAGGAUAAGGACAUGGAGUCCCCGAUAAGUGCAGCGGAGAGUACGACUUCGCCGCUUCGCGAAGUGCAGGAACUGAGCUUCAAUGACGUCUUGGGGAACUUCGGGGUCGGUUGCGGGGGUCGGAAAUGA